AUGCCUCCAUCCCUUCCAGAUUCUUACGCUGCCCUGCCGACGGCGCAUAUCAAGCUCUCCCAUGUCCCAGCUUCGUCCCCGACGCCUACACCGGUCCUGCUCCUCACCUUAAACAGGCCUGAGAAGCUCAAUGCCUACACUGAGCAAAUGUCCAGGGAGAUGGCCGAGGUGUUCGGCAUGGUGGAUAUUGAUGAUCGUGUGAAGGUUGUCGUGCUCACAGGCUCAGGGACCAAGGCGUUUUGCGCCGGUGCAGACCUAGAUAUUGGAUUCAAGGGAAUGGGAAAAGGCGGGGCUGCGGAGAGGGACAAGGAUCACAGGGACGGUGGUGGUAGGAUAACCCUGGCGAUACACAAUUGCCGAAAACCGACUAUAGCGGCAAUUAAUGGAUCUGCUGUUGGUAUUGGGAUCACCAUGACCCUCCCAGCUACUAUCCGUCUGGCGACCGCGAAGGCCAAAAUCGGAUUUGUAUUUUCCCGCCGUGGUCUUAUAAUGGAAGCCGUAUCGUCCUUCUUCCUACCAAGACUCAUUGGGCACUCGCGUGCGCUGCACGUCACUACUACUGGCAACACAUACCCUGCAGACCAUCCGCUGCUGAAAGAAUUAUUUUCAGAGAUUCUGCCCACGCCCGAAGCGACGGUGGCUCGCGCUCUUGAGCUUGCCGACGACAUUGCGCGAAAUACCUCGACGCUAUCAACCUCGCUGAUGAGAGAUCUCAUGUAUCGUGGCCCAGACAGCGCGGAGGCAACUCAUCUACUUGAUUCGUCGCUUAUAUACCCGCUCUUCGGCAGCAGAGAUAACGAGGAAGGGGUUAAAAGCUUCCUCCAGAAGAGGAGCGCAGAGUUCAAAGGCUCAUUUAAUAACCCGGCGGAUAUCCCUGCCGUGUAUCCCUGGUGGAAUCAGGUUGAUGUGUCUCCUCCCAAGACCAACUCGAAACUGUAA